GUUCCCAUGAAAUCUAUUUAACAAAGAGAAGAAAAAAACAGUUUCAUGUCAAAUCGGUGUUCUACACGGACACAGGAAGAAAGCCUCUUGAGAAACCGAAACCAACUGAGUAAUCUUCAGAGACCCGUGUCCAUAAAUACAAGAUAAUAAACGGUUUCCAGCUACCAAUCCGGCGGCAACUUCGGCCGGGGGCUCCAUUGAAUCGAUCGGGUACCAGUUCAUCCCGCGCCACUCACCGUCGCGCCGGCGGGCGUCCGAUCGCGCGCGGCAGCGGCGGCGGCCAUGACGCUCCUGGUGCCCCCGUCGCGAGCCCGGGUGAUGCGGGCCCGGCGGCAGCUCGACGACGCGGCGGAGGCGGCUCUGCUCGAGGACCUAUUGAUCCGCCGGAUGGAAGAAGGCCUCACCGCCGCCGCCGCCGGUGAUGGCGGCGACGGGGGCGACGCGCAUCCGCCUUCCACGUGCUUCUGCGACGAGAUCUGCGACUGCGACGUGAGCCAGCGCGCCUUGCGCUACUUCCUCCGGGGACUUAUGACUACGGUCAGCGUAGUAAUGAUUGCCGGGCUACUCUAUUUGAGACACACAACCGAUGAUCCAGAUGUUCAUGAUCCCGGAAAACUGGCAAUGCUAAUCAUUCUCUUUCUCGGUUUAAUGGUGUUCGGCUUCUGCUUUACUACAGAAAAUGCAAUGCAGAGACUACCAGAUUGAUUAGUUUACUACAUAAACUGGACUGCAGAAGUGCUUGCAAAACAGAACGUCUUUUGCGCACUCAAGCUUCCCAUGUACGUGUACACAUCGUGCACACCAAUUUUUCCUGCUAUUUUCGAUGAUAUAUGUUAGUCCGUGACUUGGAGUGUAUAUCAUAAUUUUAGCUUUCUUUGUUGUAAUACCCACUUUUGUAGUAAAAAAAAAAUCUACAAACGAUGGGACAACAUUUGACUAUCAAUGGAGAUAUCCAUCCUUACUAUAGAAAGGCCGGAGACACUGAAUUGUCAAGUGACAACAAACUGAUAAAUUGUAACAUUCCGAAUUUUCCCU